UGACAGCGGAAAUCGUUUAAUAUUCUGGCAACUUGGACACUUUGUAAACAUGGCGAGCAUUGCAGACGUCGGCUGGAAGCUCUUGGAAUUCAAAGCCCGAUCAAAACGAUCAGAUUUGUGAUUUAGCUGAGAGAGACGGUUGGCCUUAAUUUCACCUUUUGAGAAUGGCCGCUUCAGUGGCCGCGAGUGCCCGGCCUCAUCGGAAAGUGCACAGAGUUGCUUCCAUCUAUGAACCUCUUAAGCUGUCGAACCUCCAGCGCGACGACGAGCCCCUGUGGGAGAAGCUGGAUCGCUACUACAAUGCUGUCAAGACGACCAUUCUCAACUACCAGAGUCCAACCACCGGACUUUUUCCGGUCAAAACAUGCUCCACCUGCAAGGAGGCCAAGGUCCGGGACUCCCUGUACUGUGCUGCCAGUGCCUGGGCGCUGUCUAUGGCUUACCGACGCAUCGACGACGAUAUGGGGCGAACGCAUGAACUGGAGCAUUCCGCUGUCAAGUGCAUGAGAGGGAUCCUCUACUGCUACAUGAGACAGGCUGAUAAGGUGGAGCAGUUCAAACAGGAUCCCAGCCCCUCCAAGUGCCUGCACUCAGUGUUCCACGUGGUCACCGGUGACGAGGUGCACUCCUACAGCGACUACCACCACCUGCAGAUCGAUGCUGUGUCGCUGUUUCUGCUGUACCUGGUGGAGAUGAUCUGCUCCGGUCUGCAAAUCAUUUUCAACACCGAUGAGGUCUCCUUCAUCCAGAACCUGGUGUUCUGUGUGGAAAGAGCUUACAGGGUGCCUGACUUCGGCAUGUGGGAGAGAGGCAGCAAAUACAACAACGGCAGCACUGAGCUGCAUUCCAGCUCCGUGGGUUUGGCUAAAGCGGCUCUGGAGGCCAUCAAUGGAUUCAACCUGUUUGGAAACCAGGGCUGCUCGUGGUCGGUGAUAUUUGUGGAUCUGGACGCCCACAACAGGAACCGGCAGACCCUCUCCUCCUUACUGCCCCGAGAGUCUCGCUCACAUAACACCGAUGCAGCCUUGCUUCCAACCAUCAGCUAUCCUGCCUUUGCAGUAGAUGACGAUGCCCUCUACAGUCAGACACUGGACAAGAUUGUUCGCAAACUGCGGGGCAAAUACGGCUUCAAGCGUUUCCUCCGCGAUGGCUACCGCACCGCCAACGAAGACAAGGACCGGCGCUUCUACAAACCUGCUGAGAUGAAGCUCUUUGAUGGGAUCGAGUGCGAGUUUCCCAUAUUUUUCAUCUACAUGAUGAUUGACGGGGUGUUCAGAGGAAAUAGUGCUCAGGUCAAAGAAUACCAAGACCUCCUUCAACCCAUCAUCUUCCAGUCUUAUGAGGGCCAUGCUGUGAUCCCCAAAUACUACUACGUACCGGCUGACUUCGUGGAGGCAGAGCAGAACAAGCAUGGAAGCCAGAAGCGUUUCCCUAGCAACUCUGGCCGCGAUGGGAUGGUCUUCCUGUGUGGUCAGGCGCUCUACAACAUCGCCAAGCUGCUGGUGGAUGAGCUGAUCAGCCCUAAAGAUAUCGACCCCAUCCACCGCUACGUCCCCCGCCAGGACCAGCGCAACGUCACCAUGCGAUACUCCAACCAGGGUCCCAUAGAGAACGAUGUGGUGAUUCACGUGGCCCUGAUAGCAGAGAGCCAGAGACUUCAGGUGUUUCUGAACACCUACGGCAUUCAGACCCAGACGCCCCAGCAGGUGGAGCCCAUCCAGAUCUGGCCUCAGAAGGAACUGGUCAAGGCGUACCGUUUCCUCGCCGCAAACAAGAAGCUGGGGCUGAGUGGCCGUCCAGAGAGGCCAGUGGGCUGCAUUGGGACCUGCAAGAUUUAUCGGAUCCUUGGCAAGACGGUGGUGUGCCACCCGAUAGUGUUUGAUCUGAGUGACUUCUACUUGUCCCAGGAUGUUAUGCUGCUGAUCGAUGACAUUAAGAACGCCCUGCAGUUCAUCAAACAGUGCUGGAAGAUGCAGGGACGGCCGCUCUUCCUGGUUCUCAUCCGGGAGGAUAACAUCAAGGGGAGCCGCUUCAACCCGGUCCUCGACAUGCUGGCCUCGUUCAAGAAGGGCAACAUCGGAGGGGUCAAAGUUCACGUUGACAGGCUUCAGACUCUGAUAUCUGGAGCCGUGGUGGAGCAGCUGGACUUCCUGCGUGUCAACGAGGAAGAGAUCCCAGAGUUUAAGAGCUUUGAAGAGCUGGAGCUGCCGAAGCACUCCAAGGUGAAGAGACAGAUGAGCACGCCCAACGUCUCCGACCUGGAGCAGCAGCCAGAGAUCGACGUGGACGAGUGGCAGCUGAAGCCCACCCACGAGAUCAUCCACAAGUUCCACGACUGCAACUGCUUGGCCAGUCAGGCUCAACUUGCAGUCAUCCUGCUGAGGAGAGAAGGACCAGACUUCCUCGCUAAAGAUGAGAACCUGAUGGAUGAACUGGAGAGAAUCUACAGAAGAGCCGGCAGCAGAAAGCUUUGGUCUGUUGUCCGUCUUGCUGCCAGUCUCUUAACUAAGCUAGUGGACAGCCUUGCCCCCAGUAUUACUAGUGUUUUAGUGCAUGGCAAGCAGGUGACCCUCGGCUUAUUCGGGCAAGAGGAAGAGGUGAUCUCCAACCCGCUGUCGCCCGGGGUGAUCCAGGGCAUCAUCUACAGCAGGUGCGCCCCUCGAGGUGGAGAGCGGGAGGCCGUGCUGCAGCAGGAGUUGGUCAUUCACAUCGGAUGGAUUAUCUCCAACAACCCGGAGCUGUUCAGCGGCAUGCUCAAGAUCAGAGUCGGAUGGAUUGUUCAGGCCAUGAAACACGAGCUGAAGAUCAGGGGAGGAGACAUGCCAGCCCAGGACAUCUACCAGCUGUCCCCCAGCGACAUCAAGCAGCUCCUGCUGGACGUCCUGCAGCCACAACACACCGGCAGGUCUUGGCUGAACAAGCGUCAGAUAGACGGCUCUCUGAACAGGACCCCGCUGGGCUUUUACGAUCGCGUGUGGCAGAUCCUGGAGAGGACCCCCAACGGCUUCAUGGUGGCUGGGACUCACCUCCCACAGCAACCGACGCUGUCGGACAUGACCAUGUAUGAGAUGAACUUCUCCCUGCUGGUGGAGGACACGCUGAAGAACAUCGUCCUGCCCGAGUACAGACAAAUCAUAGUAGAGUUGCUGAUGGUGGUGUCCGUAGUGUUGGAGAGAAACCCGGAGCUGGAGUUCGAUGACGAGGUGGAUCUGGACGGCCUGAUGAAGGAAGCCUUUAAGGAUUUCCAGAAGGACCGUGGAAGCUUGGAAGGCACAGAGAAGCAGGGUGACAUGGAGGACUUUUACAACACACCAGCGGUGGGAAAGAGAGGCACCUCCAGCUACCUGACCAAGGCAGUUAUGAUCCUGUUGCUACAAGGGGAUUUCAAGCCCUGCAAGGACGACCCGUGCUCUGUUAGCUAGAUCCACGAUGCUUCGACCAUCAGACGGUGUCGUGUCAAUAGGGGAUGACCUCUAACCUCUGCUAUCCUCCCCUGUCCUCUCCUGCAUGCUACAUCUUUCGUGGACUUUUUCCUCAACAGCAAUAAAAGCUGACGGCGGAAGCCUCGGCUGGCAUCGGUUUGCACGUCUGCAGUUUGCUCCAGCGGGUAACACACAUCCAACGGUCCAGAAUACCAUCGAAACAAAGGUUGAUACUUGGGGAGAAACUGCCAACUCCAACUCCCUCGCUGUUCUUACCCUUUACCUGGAUGCCGUAGGUUAGUAUAUCUGCACUUUGUUCAACAGCUGUGAUCAGUAGCACCCAGGCUGCUGCUUAACCGUAACGCUUCUAUUUGUUGCUGGAACUCAGUCGCCCAGCUGUUUUAUGGAUUCAAAUGAAGAUUUUAAUAGUGUUUUAGAUGACAACAAGUGGCUCGCUAUUUAUGUCAAAAGGGCACAUACCCACCGGUCUACGGUUACCUGUUACUUUUACCAUUUUUCCAAUAAGUUACUUUUGCUAAAACCAUCAAAAUAAAACUAAAUGAAGGAAAUAUUCUGUUGUAGCUUAGCAUUAAAACUGAAAGAUACAUAUUUAGCCACAGAACACGAGAUCAACCUCCUCCCAUUCUCUGUAAUGAAAUUUAUUUGCAUAUUUUCGGAAGUGACCAACUAUUUCUUCUAUUUUUGGUUUUGCUCUGAAAUUAUUUUGUAUUUUGAUCAUAGGGUAUUUAAUGCCAUAAUUAACACCUCUCCAGCAAUAACUUUCAGCAGUUACACACUAAAAGGUCCCGUCGUAUAUUGAGAGGUUUGGUUCUCAAAUGAAUUAGGCAUUUGGCUCCCACGGCUCGUAAAAAGAACUCUGGCAUUAUUCCACACAAGAGCUAUCAUCAAGAAUGCAUAAAUGUUCAAAUGAUUGCCCUCCUCUACACAAUCUUUGGCAUCAUACGUUUUGAGAACCAUAGUGGUAUUUAGAUUUUCUAGUGAAUUACCGGUGUAAUGUUGAGUUUCCUUUUGGAUCACUGUGUCUUCUUAGCUCUAUGCAUGCAGAGUCUGCAGCAUGACCACAGGUACUGUUUGCCAUAAACAUCGUGACGGUUUCUCUGAAUGCUAAAAGGAGUUUAUUUUAUACAACUGGGCUCUGCGUGACUAUGACUGGUGCUCAUCUGUAGUCCUGAGACUGAGGACCCUGUAGUGAAUGUCUUUUGAAACACUGCUGUCAUCUUUAGGCAGAAAUGAUAUUAGAUUUCUUAUUUUAAAGCGUGCCGUCUCUAAAUAGCAUCACCACCUACCUUCUCACUGUGUUUGUGUGUAUUUUUAAUUCAAUACUGUCGUUUCAAAGAAUAAAGUUAUCCUGGAAACUAUU